GACUGCGAUGCCCAGGCAGCGUAUUUCGUCCAAGGAGGCAUGUCAAGUUCUAGUCUUUUACGGUCGACGUCUGCGUUUUCGUGUCACACCGCACUGCACGUGGCGACGGAGGACUCGUGGAACGGUGCAGAGGAUACAUCGUCGCAAGCGGGGAUCACGCCGACUCCACGGGAAUCUGCUCCAUAUCGUUCAAGAUCAACGGCCACGGAUGCCAUACCUCGUCACACCUCGAUCGAUGCUGUCGCGUGCAGCGGUGGAGACAUGACGUCCAAUAAAGACGGUCUUGACUGGAUGACCGGAUCGACAAAGACUCCUCCGCCAACAUAUUCCGAUCGACAAGGAGUGUCCGAUCCAAGUCUUUUACGGUCGAUGUUGGCUGUUUCACGUCACACUGCGCUUGUUUUGACGACGAAUGACUCGUGGAAUGGUUUCGAGGACUUGUCGCCAGAACGAGGCUUUGGGACCAGUUCCAAUUACACAACCCAUCGUAUUCAAGGAGGUAGUCAUGCCAGCUCAACUCGACAAUUCUCACGUGGCAAGUCGCCCACCGUCGACUUCAUUUUGGAUGAGCAUGCAAUCAAAUCCACUGUCAACGCUGGUUCGAUUCCACUUUCGUUGGCCGGUAUGUCUCCAAAGGAAACGUCCCGCCUUCUCCGCCAAAAGUCAAGCGACUUUGAAGCAUCGCACGCAAUGGCCGGCGUCACGAGCCCCAGCAGCGACGACGACCUGUCCAACCAAGCCGUCAAUGGCCUCUUGGACAUGGAGACGCCGAUUCCAGACAUGGAACUGUGCAUUACAAGCGAUGGCCACUUGGACGUCUGGAAGGAAACAAGGGUGUUCCUGUGCAUGUGUCCCUGCUACUGGUUUCGAUUUCUUGUGGCCCAACUUGCUCUUGACACAGAACUCAUUUUCGUGGGUCAUUUGGGUGUCCCGCAGUUGGCCGGCGUGGGUCUCGUCCGCUUUUGGGUCGCCAUUCCAUUUUGGUUCCUGUACUCGAGCAUGCGAGCUGUCUACGUAUUUGGCGUUCAAGCCAGGCAGCACGGCAUCGAUCGAACCGCUGGUUUGUGGCUCCAAACGGGCCUCGGGUUUGCCUUUAUUGGGACCGUGGCCGUGAUCAUCUACUAUUUGCGCUCUCCAGACAUGGCCCGUUUCGCCGAGUUCAACGACGUCACGAUUGCAUUUGCUCGUGAAUACGCCCCCAUCAUCCUCUUGGGCUUGUUCCCGUGCCUUGCUUUCGCUGCGAUGGACAACUUCAUGCGAGUCCAGGGGAUUACACUGCCCGCUCUGGUCUGCGCAACCAUCGCUUGCGUUCUCAACAUCACGCUUCAUUUUGUCUUCAUCUUCGGUGCAUUUGGGUGGUCUGGACGGGGCUUCGUGGGAUCUCCAUGGGCGACUGUGACCAGCCUCGUGGUUCAACUCAUCUUGUACGUGGCGUACACAGUAGCCAUCAAGCGGUACCACGCCCCAUUUUGGUGUGAAUGGAGCUGGGAGAGCCACCGAUUCGGUCAGUAUCGGCUAUUCUGGAAAGUCGCGGCACCGUUAGGGGGCGCGGCGAUGGUACUAGCCAUUGCGUUUUGCAUCAUUGGUACCAUCACAAGCUACGUUCCACCCACCGCUGCAACUCCAACUCGCGUCUUGCGUCAGCUUGACGACGCCGACGUGGAUGCCGGCUCUGAGCGAGCUGGCGCGUGGGUGAUUUCGUUUUGUCUUUUCUUCGUUGUCGUUGCGAUCUUCCUGGGGGUCGCCGAGACGACCAAAAUCCGCAUGCUGGUGUACUUUGCAAACGGCCGCCCCCAGCUCGCGCGCAAGGUGCUGUACGUGGGACUGGCGUACGGCGUCGCGAUCGCUGCAGUCUUUGUCGCCCUCUUGCUCGUGUACAAGAGCGUGGUGUUUCGUAUUUGGACCAAUGACACUGGUGUUCUCGCGCAAUGUAUCGACGUUGUUCGGUGGAUUGGGGUGUGCCUCAUGUUUGCCAGCAUGCGCACCGUGCUUGCUAGUGGUCUCAUCGUCCUCCAGAAGCGGCCGAUGGUGGUGCUGGCCCAGACCCUUGACAUUUGGUGCUGCCAAGUGCCAUGCAGCUUUGUCUUGCCAAUCUUGCUCAACUUUCCAGGCCUAAACGGGUUCUGGAUUGCUGUUGCUACUGGCGAGUGCGUCCAUGUGCUGUUGCUUCUGUACGCUUUGUGUCAGACAGGCGGGACCAUCGAUGACCUGGCGCUCAUGGAAGUUGUUCAAGCCGUGGUUGUCAAUCAGCGGCAUUUGGCGGCAAAUCAAGACAUGGAGGGUCUCAAACAUGGAAACUACGGCAGAUGCCACGACGACCCACAUGCGAUCAUGCAGCCACUUCUGUUGCCAGAGGCUACUGUUGUGAAGGAAGUGGCAGUGACGAUCAUCGAUAUCUCCUAUGUCCAACCCAACCAGACGGAUGCGGUUGACAAUGUGGCCAUCACGACGAGGUCCUCGUCGGACGAAAGCGCUUCGGUGGUGGGUGCGGUCGCCUCCCGGUCAACCCAUGAGUUACUGGAAUCGGCUCGUGUCUUGUUUCCCAAUCACGACUCCACGGGUGCGGUGCCUGCGACUCCAUCACUUGUCAUGGCACUUGAGCCAUCGCGGGAUGAGUUGAAUUGUGCGUGGGAGGGAGCGCCAACUGUCUGUUCGGCGAUGCCACUACGCAAUGCAAACGUUCUUGACCAUGAUAUCACGUAUGAACUCCAAACGCAAUGGCUAGGACUGCCAGCAACAGCAAGUACACCUUUGAUCGACCUGCACGGAGAAAGCCUUUCUCGAGCAGCGUCGGCAGUCGACCCAACAGCCGCCUUUGCACUACCACGGACCGCGAAUGAAUCCAACCCACCCUGGACAAGUGAACUCUCCAAAUCCAAGCACUCGACGACACGGAGUUGUGGCAACUCGGAUGAGUCGUUGUCGAGUUCGCACAUCCAAAUUGAGCUGGACGACGUGGAACUUUCGUACAACGUAAAGAGGCAGGAGAAUCCGUCGGCACGCACACGACGCGAUACAUCCGAAGCGCAGACUGCUCUUUCCUCCAUGGAGACAAGGCAAUCGCAUGAUGCACCAUCAGCGUCUGACUCGAGUAGUGGUUUGAACCGAAACACCCCCCUACACGUAGAUCCCGUUGAAGCUAUGCCCCUCGCCCCCACCGGCAUUGCCAGUGUUCCGAUCGUUCCUACUUUCCGACGAGAUGGCGAACCUGUCAAUCCUGCUCAUGAAGAGGUCCACGCCACCGCUGCGCCGCCCGGCCAAGCACCGACAGAACACGUGACUUUGUCAACAAAGCCAUGCCAACCAAACGUCGAAACCCAUCCCGUUCCAGUUGCUGAAAGGCCGACCGAUGGGUUGGCUCCAAGCACCAAGAUCCAAACUCUGGAUGAAUCCAUGGACUGUCUAGCGAGCCAAACCACUUCAGAGGUCGUGGUGCAGCGCGACAUAGCCAACAUGGCCACAAGUACGAAGGACGCGAGUAUCGACGCUGCGGACGAGCGAGUGCUACUACCUUUGCACCCGUCUCAUGGUCCACGAGUGCAAUCCAGAACACAGCCUGAUGCUGCGCCGGUCGACAUGGAACUAGCAAUAUCGCUGAGGGGCAUUCUCCCACCAUCCGCGACCACCGCGUUGUCUUUCUCCCCUCAGCUAUGCACCAAGUCUCCUAUGUCGUCUGACGCCGGGUCGGAGGCAUCUGAAGAUGGAGCAGCACCGGUCCACAGCAACAUGGACGAGACCGGGUCCGUGGCGUCGUCGACUGGAAAGCCUCGCCGGCGACCAAAAUCAUCCAACGGCCCAUUGCCACCGAGUGGUCAAGUUGAAACCCUGGGCGGAGUUGACAUCGCAACGCUCCAGUUCGGCAAACGAUCCAAGAAAAGGCGAACGCGAGAAGAAAAGUUGCGGCGCGUGAUGAGCACGUCGCCUGCCCGCCGGCCGUCCGCAUCCAGUUUCCAAGCAAGCUUAGAUUAGCAUGAACGAUGUGUCUACCAGCCCGUCAUUGCUUUGGUUUGGCUCCUUUCACCUUGAUGAGGUACUGCAGAGCUUCCGUCCACUCGGCACACUUGGACUUGUU